AUGGCGAUUGGCCUGACAGCUCUGAUGCUCCUCGCUUUCCUGCUCGGUUGUAGCGGAACCUUUGCCGAACCCCAAAACUCGGAGCCAGCCGCCAAGUGCUCCCUGAUCGGCAAAUGGGUGAAUGACCUCAACUCCACCAUGGAGAUCAACAACGCCACUAACACGGGGGUGUUAAACGGCGUCUACAAAACGGCAGUCUCGGCCUCCAACAAUCCCAUCCAGCCAUCCCCGCUUGUGGCCGUCCAGCACCUGGGGGACCAGCCCGUCUUUGGCUUCACCGUCAACUGGAGUUUCACUGAAUCCAUCACCGUCUUUGUGGGCCAAUGUCUGUUGGGCAGGGAUGGAGAGGAGCAGCUGAAGACAACCUGGCUCCUGCGUGAGAAGGUGGAAUCCGCUGCAGAGGAUUGGGGGGCGACCCGGGUUGGCACAGACAUCUUCCGGCGCGCCAAGUGA